GUCAGUUUCUGUUAGCGAGGUGCAUACCCAAAUCCAUUGCCAUUCCCGUCCCUUGUUGUGCUGAGAUGAACGUAUAGAAAUGGUAGAACUUUUGAGUCUGCGGGUUCUAAAAUAAUCGAGGAAUCUAAAUCAUCUUCACGAAUUUCUAUACUUUUUAGGCCACAGCUUCUUCAUAAGUUGAACUUGUUCGCUCACAACCAGCAGAAUGUCCGCCGGAAUUCCGCAGAUGAUGAUGCCCCCGCAGUCCUUGACUGCCGGUAUGCCGGACCCGGUAUACUAUGGCCUCAUCUUCGGAUUUUUUUGCAAAAUAAUAAUAAAAAUGUAAAACUAAAGAACAAGAAGUACACACUAGAAAACAAGAAGUGAAGGGAAACAAAAACAAGCGCGGCCUCAUUUGUCGUGUUUAUCCGUUUAUUAUGGCUUUGUUAAAUCCAAGACCAAAGUAAGAGGACAGACCUCCUGUGCGUGUGCCUUUGCUUGCCGUUCUAUACUCGUUCCGAAAUAAAACGACAUUUUUUUAGAAAUGUGUCACUGAGUGGGGCUUUUUUCAAGAAGCGUUGGUUUAAAUUUCCAAAACAGAGCACCAUCUCCAAGCAGAAGGACGCGUACAUGAAGAUGUUGGACGAGCAGGUGAAGCAGGGCACUCAGGUUUUGGAAGCCCAGGUGAAGCACCAGAAGGAAUACCUGUUGGGCCAGGCCGACCAGCAGAAGAAGCAGUUUAUCAUGCAGAUCGACAUGGAAGUGAAGCAGCAGGAGAUGGCCCUGGACCAGCAGCGCAUGGAGCAGCUGAUGGCUCUGCAGCAGCAGGCCGCGCAGCAGAAGGCUGCGUUGGAGCAGCAGGCCAUGCAGCUGUCCAUGGAGUACCAGCAGAAGAAGGCUGAAGAAGAAAUGCAAAAGCAGCAGUUUGAGAUGGAGAAGAAGCAGCAGGAGAUGCAGGUACACGAUUGCAACGUAAAACUUUUCCAAACGGUGUGCUCUGCAGAUGUAGAUGAUGGGGAAAUUUUUACAGCUAUCUUUGGCAGCGAUAAGAAUUUAAAUUGAGAAAUCAAAUCCUUCAGGCAAAGAUGCAGCAGGAGAUGGCCAAGUUCCAGGGCGGAGCUGGUGGCGCUCUGUUCCAGGGUAUCGGCAUGCCGGGUGCGCAGUAAGCGGCUCGAGUUGUGAUUUCUAGGACGGAGAACGAGAAGGUGAGCAACUACGACCGCAGAUCACAUAAAGGCCCCGACCGCUGACACGCUGCACAGUUUCUAGAAUGUUUACGAUUUUUGCUAUAGAAUCAUGAUUCAUUUUUAUUUAGCGAAGAUUGUGCUUAUACAAUACUCUUGACCAUACGUGCGGUUCUUUGGGGCCUGCAAAGAAGAAGCGCUUCUCGUAUCCUGUUGGUUCUGUACUGGUGUCGUAAGACCUGAGGUUUUAGCAGAGCAGAAGCUGUUCUAAUUCACUAGGAUUCUGCUCGGCUGUAAAUAAGGGCAGCGCCACUGCUUUCGUCGAGUGCGUUUGUAAAACAACUGUUUCGUAGACGAUGGAAAAGUCCGUAUUGUUCUAUUGAUGAUACUAAAGCUUUUACUUUUUUCAUCUAAUGUCCUACUCUAAGACCACUUAAUGAUGAUUCCUUUCUAAAAAGUUUCCUUUUUUGGUGGCAAUGUGGGACACUAGCGAUCACAGUGCUACGGGUUGGAUGAAAAAUUAUGAUUUCUAACACAUGAACAUCUAGCAUCUACUGCGUUUACUACGAGGAGAGCCAUAGCAAUCGCGGUGAUUCCAUAACGAAUGAAAAUGAAUGCUUUGCCUCCUGUACUUACAUACGAUAUCAGGGAAGACGAUAAGUUUGAACUUUGCGCCUUGCGCCAAUGCACGCCGCGUUUGAUUCAUCGCUUCUUCCCGCAUGUCUUCGUGUAUUUGUGUCGUUAUUUUGGGUGUUGGGACUCGACUCGGGGGUGCAGUAUCGGUUCC